UCUCUUUGACUGACCACAGCAAGAGAGAGAGAGAGAGAGAGAGAGAGAAAGAGAAAGAGCGAGGGAGAGAGAGAUCAGUUUCGCCUUUGUACGGAUUGCUCCAGGGUUUAUUGAAUUCCCCUCUUUGGCUCUUUGUUGCUUUGUCGACGCUUGCGUAAUUCGGUUAGGGAUUUGGACUUGGUUUUGGCCAGGGGCGCUUGAUCUUGUAGUCAAGGCCGAGAGGGAGUGGGGAGAUGAAGUCAUCGCUGAGAAGAUUGCGAGGGUUCGCCUUCCACAAGGACGAGCAGAAGCAGAAAAGGGAGAAAGGCUUGGUGGCGCACCAGGACGAGCUCCUCAAGGCGUCCCAGGACAUCCAUGACAUUAGAAACUGCUAUGACAGCUUGCUUUCUGCCGCUGCUGCUAUUGAAAAUAGUGCAUAUGAAUUUUCAGAAGCUCUAAAGGAGUUGGGUACUUGCCUGCUCGAAAAAACUGCACUGGAUGACGAUGAAGAAAGUGGUAAGCUUUUGUUGAUGCUUGGAAAGGCACAGCUUGAACUUCAGAAACUCGUUAAUACCUAUCGUGUCCAUGUUGUUCAGACUAUCACAACUCCAUCAGAAUCUCUUCUCAAGGACCUUCAAACUGUAGAGGAAAUGAAACGCCAGUGUGAUGAUAAAAGGUGUGAUCUUAGUGUUGCGUUUAUUUUUCUUCUAAUGGAAAAAAAGGUUCUGUUAUUCAGAGACGUAUACAUGUUGGCAGCACAAAGUGGAAAAGGAAGGUUGAAAAAUGCCAAAGGUGACACAUUUUCUCUGCAGCAGUUGCAGGCAGCUAAAGAAGAUUAUGAAGAGGAGGCAACUCUUUUCCUCUGUCGCUUGAAAUCAUUAAAGCAAGGACAAUCCCGCAGUAUCUUGACACUAGCUGCUAGGCACAAUGCAUCACAGUUAAACUUCUUUCAUAAAGGAGUUAAAUCUCUUGAAGUUGUUGAGCCACAUAUCAAAAUUGUAGCUGAACAGCAGCACAUUGACUAUCAAUUGAAUGGACUUGAGGAUAAUCAAUUGGAAGGAUAUGAGGUCGAUCAUUCUGUUGAAAAUGGAGAUGAUGGAGAGUUGAGUUUUGAUUAUCAACAGCAUGACCAACAUCGUGAUGUUAGUUACUUUUCUAGAAAUUCAAUGGAGGAUGAUGUAGAUAGAUGUGAAUCAGAUUCCUCUCCUUUCAACAAGGAUGUUAGGGCUGUCAGUCUGUCAGCACCUCUUUUUUCUGAUAGGAACCCUAAAUCAUCUGAAACGACUAGUCAGAUGCAGCCUUUAUCAACAGAGAGGUUUUACACGUAUGCUCUUCCUACUCCUGUUAAUGUUAAGAGCUCGACCUCAACAGGUCCAACUAAUUCGAUUUCUGCUUCUGGGGUGGAAAACAAGGGUGUAUGUCCAACACAAUUAUGGCAUUCAUCUCCAUUGCAACCAAAUUUUCUUGGCAACAAUUACAGAGAUGUUGAGCUGCCAAGCCCCACCAGUUUACCUAUAAAGCAGUCAGUAUUUAAAGAGAGCAAAACUGUUGGUAGCCCCAUCAGAAUGCCUUCUGCAUGUACCGAAGGGGGGAUGUCUCAGUUGAUUACAUCAAAUACAUCUGAUUCAAAGAAGAUUGGCAGACAAGUUUUUUCUGGUCCGUUGACAAGUACACCAUUACCAAGCAAACCAGCUUCUUUUACAAACAAUUCCAUGUCAUCAGUGGAACAUCUGGCGGGAGUCCCAGCAAAACCAACAAGCAUUACCACACCUAAGCUAUCUGUACCUCCUCCUGUAACAUCGCCAAGAAUAAAUGAGCUUCAUGAGCUUCCAAGGCCUCCAAUAGGUUGUCGAAAACAUUUAGGAUCUUUCAAUUUAAUUGGCCAUUCAGCCCCUCUGGUGCCUAGAGGUCAAGGGGUAAAUGCAAUAAGCAAACAAGUACCAAUUUCAUCAUGCAUAGCCACACCACUUCCAGAACCUCCUGGUGUUAUGGUUCGCAGCUUUUCUAUACCAUCUAAUGGUCGAAAAUCAAAUUCAACAGAUGUUAAGUCAUCGGAUCAUCCUAAUAGUCAAAGGACAACUGCAGAUGCUUCAGCAACUCAUACAUCGAUGAAUAUUGGGUAGCAUGAACAACUUCAGAUACAGUAACAAACUAGAAAGCUAAAGGAUUCACGUGAAGAGCCCCAGAACUCUUCGUAGCAAGUGGAGCCAAUUGAUAUGGUCUCCUAAUGUUGCUUAUGUACAUAAUGAAGUGUCCAAAAAACCUUCUUGCUCUUCCAUUCUGUUCCAUGUGUUGUUUUCUUCAGAGAAAUGGGGGAUGAUUUGCCUCCAAGAAUACACCACUAGAUAACUGCUGGUUGAGAAAAUGAAAUUUCAGUUUAUUGUUAAUAGUAGUAAUAAAGAGAUCUUAGUUUAUUAAAAGAGGAACCUGACGGAUGUACUGAGACAUUUGUACAAUAAAAUGUUCUUUCCAAGUACCAACCAUUAGGGCAAUCUUUCCCGUCA